AUGUUGAGUUUGCCGUUCUCUUCAAUGUGCACGGCGCAGUCCAGGAACGGCAAACAGUUAUCCUUUGUGUCUUCCCUGAUUGGUUCCUACUUCGGUGCUGAGCUGUGCUCAUUAGAUGUUGAUUCAGAUGGGAGCACUGACUUCCUGCUGGUAGGAGCUCCACAGUUUCAUCUGCCUCAGGUGAAGAAAGAAGGCCGGGUCUACAUCUACUCUGUGAGCAAUGAGACUGUACUGGAAAGUAACCAGGAUGUGACGGGACCAUCUAUGGGUAGAUUUGGCACCACCAUAUCCAGUCUUCCAGACCUGAAUGGAGAUGGACUCCGAGACAUAGCUGUCGGAGCUCCGCUUGAGGAUGAUAAGAGCGGGGCUGUGUAUAUCUACCAUGGCAACAGGCAGAGAGGGAUAGUCAGCACUUUCAGCCAGAGAAUCAUGGGAAAAAAUAUCGACCAUGGGCUGAAAUUCUUUGGAAGGGCCAUCUUUGGGGACCUCGGGGAGGAUGGACUCCCGGGUGUUGUGGUUGAAUCACGUGGUGCAGCUGUUGUAUUCAGAUCCAAGCCGGUCUUCAACGUCUUGGCUCGUCUGUCUUUUCACCCUGAGAACCUUGAUGCCCUGAGUCCAGAUAAAAAUGUAGCUUUGGUUAAAAUAACGGCAUGCUUUGAAAAGGUCGAAGCAACAAAGAGCAAAGCAGGGCCAGUGAGCUCAGCAUUGAACAUCACAUGCACACUUAAUGUGACGAGUCAAGCAAGUCAAAGUAUGUUCAGUCAGACCCUGAAGCUGAGAGAUGAAAACACCUGCGUCAGCUACUCCAUCAACAGAGCA